AUGGAGAGACUUCUCUCCAUGCAGAUACCAUGGAACGUUGGUGUAGUUGCUGAGUCUGCAAAACGAUUGGAACAGUUGGAUCUCGAAGUGAGUUUCGUGUAAUAUUAUAUUGUGUCCAAUUAUUAGUCUGAAUGUCUCGCAUUCAGGGCUCGCGAUUGGUUAUUUUCCCUUGCAAUUACUUAUUAGGGAGCUCUCACUGUCAGAAACUUGGCAUUGAAAUGCCCCACCAGCCAUCAUCUACUGUUGUCUGUUUAGAUACAAAGCAGUAAACUAGACACCAGGAUCUACCGGGACGAUCAUUGUCCUUCUCUCAUGUUAAAUGUUGGUGCAGAUUUCACCGUCUGGAUGCGCACCAUCGGAUGUUUUGAGAACUCAAUUUAAUCGUAUAAAUACUCCCUGGAUGAAAGGAAGAAAGGGGAAGAAAUAUGCCUAAUUUUGAAAUUAUCACUCAGAAUGUUUCAGCAAAACGUCUCUCAUUAAUCAUGGCCAAGAUACCAAUAAAAGAAUGGUGAGACAGCAAACGGUGAGGCAUAAAUCUGCAUAACUAACAUGAGAAUAUCCGAAAUGUCGGUUUCAGAAUUGCGGUUUUUCUACAAGUAGGGCAUCGUAACAAAAAGAGGGCUAGCAGGAGAUACGUAGGAUGCCAUACGUCAUAAAAUAUACGCUCAAUGUUGCUAAAAAAAACAGAAGUGCAAACUGGCUUUUCGUAAUUAAAAAUAUGUCAAGUGAAAAGUUAGGACAGGGGCCUGCGUAGACGAAUCCCAGCAUUAUUGCAGUGGAUAAACGUCAUCAAUCUCCAACAUCAGCAUUUCUAACACAUACACAAUCGCUGCAAUUACUAUGAUAGACCCUAGGUAGAGGAGGCUAAUGUUUCCCGGCUGACAAGCAUAAGCAUUUUCAGAAAAAUUCAAUCGCUACUGCUCAAAUAGAUAAGUAUUUGAGAAUUCAGAGGAGAAUUUCCAGAAAACAAAUAAAGUCUUUCUCGUUUGGACGUUUUCUCGAGCUAAAGGAAAUUUGCAUAUUUAACAGAAGUUUCUUAACUGAUCUCAGUAAAACUUAUGAGGUUUACUUAUACAGAGCAGCCCACUAACUCCCCUUCCCCCAACUGAGGAGGGCUGAUGAACCAAGAGACUCUGUAAUCCUGGAUUUUUUAGCCAUUUGUGUUUGGCAUGUGCAAUUAAUGGUUCCGCAUUCAGUCACUUUACUUCCAUUGCAUGGCGGACGCAUAAAUACGUACAGGUUGUCUCACGGAAAUUAAAAGUCUCUAGCACCAAAGAAUGUCGGGCAGUGCCAUAGAUUUUCACUUUUUGAGUCAAAAGUGCACGUUAUAAGAAGCUGAAACAAAAUCACGCGUAAUGACAAGGCAGCAUGAUGCGUACAACCCACACGACGGGUCCCCAAGAAUAAAGUUUCUUGGCCAGGGGGCAAAUUAUCCGACCUGACAUUUGUUUUAAUUCAUUCACUUGGGGCUUUGAAAAGAGAACCGUUUUAAACUUGGCCGCUAUUUACUUGUUCGCAGGGUAUGAGGACGAUGUUUACCUCCAAACACAUGAGGCGUGAUCGAUUGUGAUAUGAACGAGAUUUGGCAAGGCCAAAUUAGGGCAGGAAACCAUGUGACUACUUCAAAUUUAGGAAAACUGCCAUAAUUGUCUGCCGAUCUAACACGGUUAUCGCUGUAGAGCAAGUUGAAUAAUUAUACAUAGACAUGCCGUCAGUCCUAGAAUAAAAAUAACUGUGAGGCUCGAAGACCCCGACUUUAGACCAUCUCUAUUCAAAGUUCCCCUGGCUUUUUGGUAAUGUAAAUUUUUACCUUUGGUCGCACAAGACAAUAGAGACAUUAAUCUCACCGGAUAAGCGCCUUCGAAAUACUGUCACUUUUCCAUGACUGAAUCGCAUAAAUUUCUCAUUUAACUCACUUCCAGGCAAUAUUUUUUCAGGCUGCGUUUAAAUCAACGCGAGGUUUUUCAUCAGCGCAUUUAUGUUGUCUUUGUGAAAGGAUCUCUUACGGUAUGAUUAUAUCUUUUCGUAAUCGAGUUCAGACAACACGGAGGUUAAUUUAAAUGUUUAAACUACGUUCUUGUCCACACACUGCUGUCAGGGCUGUUCAGUAAAUCACGCAAACGGAAUUUAUUAUGAGGGCGAUGCACGUCGCGCCUGCCCAGACGUGAUAGUACUCAUCCUAAGUUUCCAUACAUUCCCAGAAAAAAAACAUACUCGGGAGUUAAGUAGUAUGCAACCUCCUCCGGGGAACAUGAAGGUCUGACGAACUCUACGGUUGCAUUCUGGUGAACAAGGUGACCGGUGGAUGAAAAGGAAUGAAGUUAGUUGUAGUGCUCUGACCAGAAGUCUAGUCCACACGGAUGAAAAUUUCUGUUAAAAAGAAUUUGCCUUGAAUAAUGGCGAUCGAAAUGUUUAUAAAAAAGUUAACGUGGGGAUAGGAGAACGUAGUUUUUCGUCAUUAAUAAUGAAAGCUAGGCAGCGAGCGGUUGGGCACAUAAAUGCUAUCUAUUACUUAUGAUUCAUUCACCAAGCACGCUUAAGGGAUCAGACCUGUCAACUUUAGAAGACCGGAAGCGACAGACAAUUGUGAUCGGUGGGUGCUCAUGCAAGCCUAUACUGCCUUUGACGGUUCUGUUUUCGUUUGUUUGGAUUCCCCUUCGCUCAGUAACAUAGUUUAAAUAUCCGUUGUCCUCCAGAAUCAUUUCUAAGAAAAACGCGAAACGUGAAUAGACAGCUUGCCUUUAAUUGAGACGGGCGUAUUAAUUGCAGUGUUUUUAUCUUUUAUCACACGCAAUGCGGCAAAAUAAUCUAUUGGUUAACGUGCGAAUCCAGCUGAAGCAGUGUGUUUUCAAAUUUAGUACUGAUGACUGCAAGCUUCGAUUUCUUUAUCUCGACCCCAUAUCAGUAUGCUCAUAUGAAGCAUCAAACUUCUAAAACGAGUGCUUUAUAGGCUGGUGAAGUGACCUUCACUUUCAUUUAAAAAUGCUUUUGGUGAAAUGACAUUGUUUAGAUGAAGUCUUAAAAGCCAAAAUACAUCAUUGAUAACGACUGGCGCUUUUUGAAUGGUGUGGAUUAAUUUGGCGGCCAAAAAACUAGUCGAUGGUAAUAGUUAGCUCAUAUCCAUGACAAAGACGUCAAAGCGCUCAAUGUAACGUGAAACUGAUUCUUUGUACAGUUUUCGACAUUUAUAACAAAAAGCUAUAUAUUUACAUCACGCUAGGAUUUUCCUUUGCUUGCAAGACGACUAGACUUGCCGACUCGCAAGACACAAUGCGCUAGACAGUAAAACCAACUGUUCUCACUCCAGAUGAAACGAAAUCAAAAAUUCUCAAACAAGUCUAUGAUAUGAGUAAACAUGCAUUUCUCUUAAAGAUUUGAAAAAUGACUGGAAACGGUAACAGAAGCGAACUACUAUAGCAGUUUAAAUGGUGAGGAAACUGAAAAUAGAUCAUCGCGCUCUCUGGUGCACAUUUAGAAGACUACUCAACGGAUGGGUGUGGUGUGAUGUUGUAGACUGACAACUUGCUUUUUUGUGAUUUGUUGCCGACGCCCAAAAAUUCGCUGGUGAUGAAGGUGGGGGGCUCGUAAUGCCGCCGGGUGCUCGAAUUUCAUAUUUUUUGAAAACUCGAGACUACUUUUUGAUCCAUAAGCUCCUCUGAAAGUACUUUUUGUCUGGCUUUACAGUAUCAGCAAGGUCUUUCACGAUAACAGUGAAAUGAAGGUCAGGUUACUGCGCUGUGUCUAAAUGAACAAAAAAUUAUGGCUUAUCAAAGUUAUUUCACGUAUCAAAUACGGUAGCCGCAUUUGAGAAAUAAGUAGCUGACCAUUUAUCCACCAGUCUAUGAAUCCUGGAAUGCUGCCAUCUGGCCCGAUUCACCUGCUCGUCGUUUCUCCUUAUUUUGAAAACGACGGCGUUUUUGGGUUAUUUGUUCACUAAAGUCCGUCGGAUAUCCCGACCGUCUGGCUUUCACUAGAAUAUGUCCUUACGUUGGUGGAUACGUCCCACACCUCUCGUUGAAACGAGGGCACAUAAUCUAAUUUACCCAAAAGAAGUCGGUCUCUGCUCCUUAGGUAGUCGGAACUUACCAAAAAAUGUUUUUUUCCUAAAACAAAAUAAAGAAAAUCAAGAAUCGUGUUCGUACGUGAUGUAUUCGAGGGUUCCAGAUAAAAGUGACACAUUUAUUGGGGCAAAAUUCAAUUUAGUUAGAAGGCUACGUUCUGAACAGUACACAGAUAGUACCAAUCUCAGUAUAUGUUAACUUUAAUUCUAAAAUGUGCCCUCCAUUAUAAAGGAUUACUAAGGUGUGGUUGUAACACUAUUUAUGAUAUGAACUAGGCGUUUAUUAUUUCGGACUCGGCAGUGAUGUUGGAUUUUGAAUGCAGUUUUUUAACAACCUCAUAUACAAAAUUUACGCAGUAAAUAAUGCCAGCGCAAUUAAUACGCGUUUUCACGAUGAUUACCUAUGGCCUUAUAAAUUCAAAUAUAUUUAACAGAAAACAUGUAGAGAUAUAUGCUUUCUUUACCCAUAUGGCAGAAAAUCGCGUCGGCAUUACUUUUCGUACUCGACGUAAAAGUGCUUUUUGAAUUCAAAAGUUUCCAGUUAUGAGAUUUUUAGGACCGUGCAAUAUCCUCUCAUGCAGCGUCGCACCUGUCCAUUUAUUAAAGCACCUCGUAAAAAAUACGACAAAGUCCGCGUCCAUUGCAAAAUUAUGUAAAGUUUACAUAGCAUCUUCCCAAAGAUAUUGGGAAAUAUAUAAUGUUUCUUAUGUGGUUAGUAUAUACCCUGCAGGUUUAAAUCGCCAAACGCUAAUGCAUUGGCUGAUCUAGCUCAAAAAUACUCGGGAAUUCCAAGUAUCGUUCAAAACUAUAAUAUAUUCUUUCUUCAAAUGUAAACAAACCAACGAAAGAAAGCUUGUCUUUUACAUGCCUUCUAUAAAAUAUAUUUAAGUAUAUAAGAUCAUAGAAAAUCAAUUAGAAAAUGCAUGCAAAUAAAGUAGUCAUUUUCCACCGAGUGCGCUUUUCACGGUAGGUCAAAAGGCGGUGCUUUCAAAAGCUAGCAUCCUGCCCCAGUUCGAAGUACUGGAGGAUUGGUUCACAUAAUAAGCAUUAUUACAAUCCCACCUAAGUGAUCCUCUCUAGUUGAAAACGCAUUUCAGAAUUUCGGCUGACAUUUCAUGCAAAUUUGUGACUUCUGGGCCCGACCUCAAGCAACAUUUUGGUUUUAAUUCUCUGCGAGGUUGUGCAGUUGACCUGUAGGGAGCAGUCCGUUAGCCACAUCUAAUAUUCGUUGUAUGGGCUGCUGGCACACCUGCUUAGCAGUGCGAUCUAGACAACCAGGCCCUUCCAACACUAUUCUCGUAAUAUAAGGCGCAAGCCUUAAUGGACUAAGUCCUUGACCAGGCGCACACACACCUCACACAUACACGCCUUUUUUCCAACUCCCGUUUGUCAUUUUUGCUUUCGAGCCUGCGCGGCGACUUUCAGUGCAUCCGCGCCUCCCCCGCACACAUACUGCCAACGGCAUUUUACUGGUUUUGUGGUAAGACUAUUUGAAGACGGCUUUUGGCAUUCGUUUGGUCAGCGUAAACGGCUUGAAAAAAUAUGCCAUUUUUGUCCCCAUAUAGGCGGCCAGAGUGCAGGCCGAAGAGGAGGCCAGGCUACGAGCCAUUGAGCGGGCACGCGUAAACAAACUCACCGCCGAGAAGGCCGAGGAGGCGACUUCGAGGAUGCGUGGGGAGGUUGUUGGCAUCGUACUGGAAGAGAUUACAGAUAUGGGCGCGGAUUUGGCCUUUAAGAAGUGGCUCCAGCUGGAGAAAGCACGCAUCAAGGCAGAGAAGGCUGCCAAACGGAGGGCCGCAGAGGAGGCGGGUGAGGAGGUGGGUGAGGAGGGCGCUGACGACGAGGAUUAG